AUGUCAAAAUUUUUGAAAAUAAUCCACACGCCGACCGCAAAUGUGGCUGAAAAUUAUGCGAACACGUAUAUAUGGGAAUUUGAGUUAAAAGAUGCUGAAAGUUCAAAGUUUAGCGUGUACGACUUCUUGCCGGUCUCCGCAUUCUCCACGAAUCUUCUGAAGAAUUUCUCUGACGUUGUUCAAGAAGGAGUGAUUUUCGAAAUAUCGAUUCCCGAAUAUAAAAAGAUUACCGAUGGAAUUGAUGUGCGAUGGUUCGCAAAAAUUAUAAAAGUGUGUGGUUAUAGAGCACUUGCGAGGUAUAUUGGAGCAUCAGAAAAUGACAAAUCUGAUUUUUGGGUAAACGUUCUUUCGAAUGCUGUUCAUCAUUGUGGAAGCGUCGAAAGCGACGACCCAGAUCAAGACAAAGUUACCUAUGGGUUGCCAUUUUUUCUUGCUGAACGCCACGAAAAAGAUCUCGAAAAUUUUAUCAAAACAACGGUCGACAGUGAGCUGACCGCCGGUAUCGCGCUCUCAAAAGCAUACGAGAAAUGCAAAAAUGAUUUAUUUAAAAGUCCAUUUAAGGUUGGCCAACGGCUAGAACUGGUGGAUUACAGCCAGUCGGAUAAAUUGCGACCGGCGCGAAUCAAAAGCAUUUGCGGACGACGUUUAAAUGUGCUUGUUACUCGCGAUGACUAUGAUGGCGAAUGGAAGGAGCAGCCCGAAGAUCGACAAUUAGACAAUGAAGACGCCGAAUAUUGGAUCGAUCAGGACAGCUUCUUCAUAUUUCCCGUCGGGUUUGCGACAUUCAACGGUUAUGAAUUGAAUGCGAAACGCGAAUACAAAAAACACACGGAAAAUAUUGCCAAAGCGCUUCGAGAAGGAAAAACUCCACCAUAUCACGAGAAAGACGCGAAGCCCGAGCAGUUUUUCAAACCUCCCAUCGACCAAGCGAAUUUGGCAAAAGUGAAAGUUGGGCAGAAAUUGGAGCUUCUUGAUCCACUAGCGGUUAGCUUCAACAGUUUUCGUGUGGCCAGUGUCUCGAAAAUCCUUAAAACUCCAGGCUAUAUUGUUGUCUCGAUUGAUGAUCCAGAGGACGAAGAUCUUGUGCCGGUUCACGUCACCGAUCCGUAUUUGUUUCCGGUUGGCUAUGGAGAAAAGUAUGGCAUAAAAGUCGAGGAGCCGAAAGGAUGGGAAAAUCGCUUCAAUUGGGGCGAUUAUUUGAAAAAGCACAAAGCUGAGGCGAUGCCGAUCGAUUUGUUCAAAAAAGAGCCGACGCCGGAGAGGUUGGCAAUGUUCAAGCCGGGCUCGAAACUUGAAGCCGCCGAUAUGUGCGAGAAUCAGCUCGUGUGUCCCGCGUCGAUAAAAGAAAUGAAAGGACGAAUUAUCAAUGUCCAUUUUGACGGCUGGGGGCCGAACUUUGACGAACUUUAUGAUAUCGAUUCUCAUGACAUUUUUCCUGUUGGAUGGUGCGAAAUUCAUGGAUAUGUUCUUCAACGCCCAGAGGAAACUUGA